AUGCUAAAGAGUUCAAUAUUUAAAUCAAAUAUAACUAUACAACGGAAAUGUUAUCAUCUGACUAAACCUACUGCAUCUCAUAUAACAACUCCGAUCUUUUAUCCGAAUGCAAAACCACAUUUAGGACAUCUAUACUCUUCCCUACUUUGUGAUGUAUUCCACAGAUGGAAUCAGAUGAAAAACGUUCCCUCAUUAUUUACAACAGGCACUGAUGAACAUGGAUUAAAGAUUCAAAUGGCCGCUGAAAAAAAUGGCUUCACAAAUCCUAAAUUUUUUGUUGAUAAACUAUAUCAAGAUUUCAUAUCAUUGGAUCAACAUUUCAAUAUCAAAUUCACUAGAUUCAUUAGAACAACAGAUCCAGAUCAUAUUAAAAACGUAGAACAACUAUGGAAUCUUUGUCUCAAUAACGGAUUUAUCUAUAAAGGUGAACAUAAUGGCUGGUAUUCAAUCUCGGAUGAAACAUUCUAUCCGGAAUCUAAAAUAAUCAAAGAUCCACAUAAUAAUGAUAAAUAUAUCAAUACUGAAACAAACAAUGAAGUAUUCUUCCAAUCCGAAGAAAAUUAUUUUUUUAAACUAUCAACAUUCCAGGAAAAAUUGAUCCAUCUAAUAUCUGAUCCUAAUUCCAAAUUCCAAAUAUAUCCAGAAUCGAAAAGGAAACAAAUAUUAAAAGAAUUACAAAAUGGGACUCCAUUGCAAGAUUUAUCAAUCUCAAGAUCAUCAUCAAGACUAAAAUGGGGUAUCCAAGUACCGAACGAUCCAUCACAAAAGAUAUACGUAUGGUUUGAUGCCCUAUGUAACUAUAUCACCUCUAUAGGUGGAAUUAAUGCAUUAUUAAUUACCCGCAAUACUAGCUCUGGAAACACUACAACUGAACCAACGACCAUCCAUGAGGGAAUUGAUUCCAAGGUUUGGUGGUCAAACACAACACAUUUGAUAGGGAAAGAUAUCAUGAAGUUCCACACCGUUUAUUGGCCCAGCUUCCUUAUGGCUGCUGGUUUACCAUUACCGAAACAAGUAGUAAUUCAUAAUCAUUGGAUAUCUGAUGGACUUAAGAUGUCCAAAAGUUUAGGGAACGUUGUGGACCCCAUUAUGAUGGCUAAUAAAUAUGGAGCUGAUAUAGUUAGAUGGUAUUUAUUGGAAAACUCAAAAUUAGAUGAAGAUGGGGAUUUCCAAGAAUUAAAAUUGAAAUCUUUGAGAAGUUUAUUAGUGUCCAAAUGGGGGAAUCUAAUUAAUAGAUGUUGUGGGAAGAAAUUCAAUAUUUCAAGAGCUGUUCAAAUAUUUACUUCAACUGAAAAUUCCCAGGACGUAUUAUCCAUUUGUGAUGAUGACCCAGAACUACAAACCGCAAUGAAGAACAUUAUAUCCGAGUUAGAAGAAUUACCAAUGCUAAUGGAUACGAAAUUAGUGUGUUUCGAGCCUGGUGCAGCGUUAAGGAAGAUUUGGUCUAUUAUUAACUUCGCAAAUACCUUUGUACAGAUCGCCGCUCCGUGGAACAAAACAGGUAUUCAACAAGACGUAGUAAUUUUUUUAUGUAUGGAAACAUCAAGGAUAAUUGCAAUAUUGACUCAACCUAUAAUACCUGAUCUUUCUAAACAUUUGCUUGACUUUAUGAAAGUCUCGAAUGAUAGAAGGUCAUUAUCUUUUGCAAAACUAAAAACUGAUGACAGUUAUGGUUUCAACAUGAACGACAAGAGUGACGAUGUACCUAUACCGAGAGAAGUUGAAAGUAUAACAGUCUAG